AUGAAGCUAGAAGCUCCUCAUACUCCAACUGCCUCUGUAAACAGUGUUCCAACAAGGGAACGACUUCCAUCGCCACCACCCCUUCCUGAGAAAGUGGAACCACCUAUUGUCACUCUGGAUGGCCUCUUCCGCAAAACCACAGCAACUCCUCGUAUCUAUUGUUUACCUUUGUCUGAAGAGCAAGUUGCUGCAAAACUUGCGGCACAGGGUAAAAGUACGAGGCAGUAG